AUGACGGUUUGGAGCAGCAAUAGGAACAAAAAGCCGCUCGAGCUCGCUUUCGGCCCUCGGAUGGUCAACUCGGAGAGAAUCCCCUUGGGGCAAAGAAGGAGGCACAAAAGCGUCAUCAGGAACAACAGCAACGGCGAGGGCAUCCGUGUGUUUGUGAUGAACAUGUCUACAUGGAGCGCUGGCUUGGAGUCUAUAAACGCACGGGCGGGGGCGGGGUUCGAAAGCAAUGUGGACCACAAGUUCUACCCACCCGCUAGCAUUGGCAGUGCAGAAUUGUGCGUUCCUCAGAUGGUGGUCAUUCCGCCAGGGCACAGCCACUGGUUCGAGAUUCCCCGUGCAACUGGCGGAAGCUUUUUCAGCCGCAAAGCGAUGGUUGUUAUUGCCUCGGAAGGGGAAGACCCCAAGAUGCAGUUGCAGGCCGUGGUCCUUCUCCGCAGCUCCACGCUGUUAACGGUAUCUCUAGGCUUCUCUCGUACGCGAGGGAAGGUGGUUGUUGACACGCUCACUAGGGAGAAUCUCAUCUCCCACGACAAGGCCAACGAGCAGCAUAGUUCGCUACAGGCGGACAGGAGUGGUACCGAGACUGCUCCGGCAUCUACCUGUGACACUGCGUCGAACGGAGAAUCGUCUCCUCCUACUGAUUUUGUUGAGGUCGACCGUGAAGAUGGUGGGAUUCUUUCCAAACUUUUCCACGCUAUCCAGAAUGAUCUGUCUGCGUCAACCGCAUUUCCGGAAGAGCCAAGCACGGCAUCGGCGACCUGUGACGACAGUAUAUUUGAAGAUCAAGAAGCUAACUCUUGCGUCGAAAGCAGCAAAGCGCCGGAGGAGACCAUCAUCGAAGAGGAUACCACCGCGCCAUCUUCAUGCCACCACAUGUGGUUGCGAUCCCGCGGCGACGAUACUGACCCAGGGGCACGCAUGGCGGCUGGUGGUACUCGACUCGCGAUGCACUCAGUUAGCACGCGUACCGCGCACUUGCCGCCUGACGACAAUUUAGUGCACGACGUCUCAUACCAAAGAUGGCGGGAUAAGUACGGUCAAGUCGAGGUUGCGGCGGCUCCGCAGGACAAAAAGAACGUCGAAAACGUGCGACUACUGGACAACGUGUACAUGGAAGAACUCUCGCACAGGAACUUGCCACUAAUGAAGGAGGUUGUUCAGCUUCUCUGGCGGUUGUUCGGAGGGCCUCCAGUGGUUGGCGGUGAUGGAGGAAAUACUGUUGCUCGUUACGCACUUGACCUAGGUUGUAUUCCUGUAUUGUCCUUCCUAUCCCCCCUUUUUCCCGUGCUCGUAAGAGGGGAGAGCGGCACGUGCCUGAUCGACCCGGUCAUCGAAGGGCCAAGCGGGGUUACUUUCGCUUCAGGAACAGCAUCUAUUCGCUACUUCGUUUCAACAUACGACGUGCUGGCCCAGACGAACGGCGAGAAAGGGGGAAGAACGGGCAUGCAAAGAUACAUUGGUGAAAUGUAUUUUCCAGUGGUGAAAGGCGAUGGACCUCACGAUCGUUGGGAAGCGGACGGUAACUUUGCGGUGAUUUGGAAAGGCGAAGAGCUCUGGCUGGAAACUGAGCUCCGGCACUUCAGCAGCCUCGGCGUGGCCUUCAAAAGAGCGUGGAGACAUUUGUUCGGACGUGAGGACGACGCGCUUCCAAGUGGUCCAGUCUCUCUUACCCCCCUUUGUACGCCGUUUGGCAGUACUCCUAUUCCAAAGGCCUACAUAAAGGUCUCCAACUACUCGGACGUGAGCAAUAGAAGAGUGUUCGAUGUUGCAGCUGGCACUGCGCGACUAUCAUGUUGGUUGAUUUCUGGCGGGAUAGUCGGAUCUUAUCGUUGUACGACACCUUCUCCCAUCCGUGCAGUAUGGCCGCCAGCACGUUCUCCCAUGUUGCUUAUUGGCCCCGUUGCCUGUUCGUCGGUGCUCGUACAGGUGUGCGGCCGUGCUGUUCUUGCCGCAGAAAUGACCACAACAAGUGACGCGACUACGGGCAAGAUUGCUGGGAACGUAGGUGUAGGAGCGGUCGGAGUCGACUCCUCAUUGGGUGCCGAGGUGGAGAACAGCAGGAGCAGGACAUUUCAGGCAAGAGGUGACAUCCGUUUUGCAGGCUACAUUGUGUCGUUUCCCGCCGCUUCUAGUCCUCCAUCGAACUUACACGCUUUUCGGAUUCCGUUAACUCUCGUGUUUACCGCCCCGCACUCGCAGCCGACGUCCGUCUUCGGAACACCCUCUGCCAGCCAAGUCUUGCCUAAGACAAGUGGUUAUCAUCGGCUGCCGGGGGAUUCCCAGUCUGCUCGCUUCCUGUGGUGCACCGUCUCGAAGGCAUUCACCCCAGAGGAGCUACCGAUGGACGACAUCGGGCCGGAACCCGUGUCGGCAAAAGUGCUUGCAAGGCAUGGAUACUCGAUGGUCGGCGGACGACAUGCCUUCCCCGCCUACUUCCAGAAGAAGGCGGAGGGGACGAGACACGAGACCUUGUUUGUCGUUCGAGUGUGGGACAAUGCACCGAUUGCUGCGGGUGAUGCGAAGACUAUAUCCCAGGAGUUGUUUUCGCAGGGGUGCCUAUGGGAUUCUUCCGUCCCCAGCAAAGAUGACGUUGAAAGGAGACUUCACGCGUACUUGAAUAGACACUACCACGCACAGUUUGCCUAGUUGCAGGGACGCUGGCGGUGUGAUUGCUGGUCGUAGAAAACCAGAAAAUCCGUGGGGGCAAUUGCGACGAACGUAUCGCGAUAUCACGGUUGCCUAACUUUAAGAGCACAUCUGUUGCGCUUCGGUGAAGCUGGGGCGACGUAGGCAGAGGAGGAAAAAGCGGGCAACAUGUUUAUACUCGCACUCGAACAGUGCGGGUGGGUAGUGGAUAUGCUUCGAUAUGCAAUUGUGUACAUAUUCGGCGAAGAUUGCAACGCUUUUGGGGCAAGGUUCGCGUUGGUGGGAGACUCGGCGCCGACGUAAUGCUGAAGAAUGAAGCUCACUUCGUGUGGUUUAUUGUAGAACCUUUCGGCGGCGAACAAAUUAAGUUUACUGACACAUUUUUUUCUGUGAGCUAGCCUGUUUCCACGGAAAUCGCCCGCGUGACCAGUUGGGCAAGUGCGGACAUCGGAUGGUAUUUGAUUUGAACAGAGAGAUGCGACGGAACGCUGCCAAAACCAUUUGAAACCCCAUGUUUUUUUUUCGGCCCAGAAGAAGAGCUCCCCGAUAUCUUCGUCGGACGAGCUACUGAUGCGUAGGGCACUUGGAAGUGUACAUCGUACCCCUGACGGCCUUGUGUUGCACUCGCUGUCGUGUCUCGAGUGCACAACAGCAACAACCAUCUCUGGUGCCAUCUGGACAACACUUUCCGGGCAUGGUUAUGAGUGCACCUAAUCUCAGUUUCUUACAAGCUCAGUGGGGUAACCCAACAGCGAGUAGGAUUCUUAACUGAGCACUGCUUCAUACGGUCGAAAAUGGUUUACUUUCUUUUUAUUUUAGCCUGACUUUCUUAGCGUAGGCGGCUUGCGUUAGCUCUCGUUUCUUCUGACUGAAGUUUGGUGUUCUGAGGUUGACGGCUCGACCUCCCGUGUGUUUUGGGGGUACAUUAUUGGAAGUUCAUAUGGGACGUCCAAUGGCCAGUCAUUGGCCGGCCCACGUGGUCCAUGGGAUACACGGGCUGCCCAAUGGCUGGCCAUUGGACGUCCCAUUAGGACUUCCAAUAGUGGUAUGUUGUUGCCUGCGAAGAAUUGUUCUUUUUAAGUAUGUUGCCAUGACGUAGAUUUCGUGGCUCUUGUUUCUCGUAAAGGAUUCGCGCUCUUGGGUGUUUGGCGUCCGGCCCAUGGUGUUAGCAGCUCUACUGCCCCGUGGUUCUGACGCCCCUUGAACUCGGCUCGCCCCAGCGAAGCGUAAGUUUUUUUUUUUUAUGUGAUGGACUGAAGAAGCUAACGUUCGGGUUUUUCUUGAACAGUAUCGCCCCGGACAUAUCCAAAGAUCACCCAACAAGGAAAAUUAGGGAACGGAACGAGCCUCGGCAAGAAUACGAGGUUUCUAAGUGAUAGAGCGUGUUUGUGUUAAUUCCGGAUUGUU